GGGCGCAGGAGGCAGUAUCGAGUUAACGUUACCAGUAUGAUCGUGUUCAUAGAUCGCCAACUUGCAUAUAGAAUCUGAAUUUCGGAAACUGCAGUUCCUUGAUCUGAACUUUAAAACUACUGAGCGAGGUAGGAUUGGAGAAAGAAGAAGCGAUGCCUCCCAAGAACAACGCUACCUCUUCCUUCUCUGUUUCUGUGCUCUUCAUAGCAUUCGUCGUCCUUUGCAUUCUUUCUCUGAUCCUCUUCUUCUUCAGCACAUCAAACCAUUCAGAAUCUUCCGUUUCUUCACUUUCUUACGUGAACAUGCUUCAAUCUACCGCUGGUUUCAUCAACGUCUACGUCGCAGACCUACCCAGAUCCCUGAACUAUGGCCUUCUCGACAAAUAUUGGGCCUUCGAUGCUGAUUCUAGGCUUGGCAGCGACGCAGACCAGGAGAUUCGGUCGAACAAUUUGGCAAAAGGCCGCAAAUUUCCACCGUAUCCGGAGAACCCGUUGAUAAAGCAGUACAGUGCGGAGUAUUGGAUCACAGGGGAUUUGAUGACUCCUCAGGAACAACGAACUCGGUCGUUUGCAAGACGGGUCUUUGAUGUCAGAGAGGCCGAUGUGAUUUUUGUGCCGUUCUUCUCGACGCUGAGUGCAGAAAUGCAGCUGGGUAUGGCGAAAGGGCAGUUCAGGAAGAAAGUUGGAAAUGAGGAUUACCGGAGGCAGAAGGAGGUGAUCGAGUUUCUUAAGAAUACAGAAGCCUGGAAUCGGUCUGGUGGGCGAGAUCACGUCUUUGUUCUCACUGACCCAGUUGCAAUGUGGCACGUCAAAGAUGAGAUUGCCCCUGCUGUUCUUCUUGUGGUAGAUUUUGGUGGUUGGUACAGGCAUGACUCCAAAUCAUCAAACUGUAGCUUACCUGAUGCAGUUCCACACACCCAAGUUUCAUUAAUUAAAGAUGUGAUUGUUCCAUACACCCAUCUACUUCCCAGGUUGCCCUUGUCUGAAAACCAGGAGCGCCACAAUCUUCUGUAUUUCAAAGGGGCUAAACAUAGGCACCGGGGAGGCCUAGUUAGAGAGAAGCUAUGGGAUCUAUUGGUUAAUGAGCCAGGUGUUAUAAUGGAGGUUGGUUUUCCAAAUGCCACUGGGCGAGACCAAUCAAUAAGAGGGAUGAGGACAUCAGAGUUUUGCCUGCACCCUGCUGGGGACACACCCACUUCAUGCCGGCUAUUUGACGCCAUACAAAGUCUCUGUAUACCAGUCAUUAUCAGUGACAACAUUGAGCUCCCAUUUGAAGGGAUGGUGGAUUAUUCAAAAUUUUCUGUUUUUGUGGCAGUCAAUGAUGCACUGAGACCUAGCUGGCUUGUCGAUCAUCUAAAAAAAUUUUCUGAAGGGCAGAAAGGAAGUUUCCGUCAAAAUAUGGCUCGAGUACAACCCAUGUUUGACUAUGAUAAUGGUCAUCCAGAUGGGAUUGGACCAAUACCCCUAGAUGGUGCUGUGAAUCGUAUAUGGAGAAAAGUUCACCAGAAGUUACCAAUGAUUAGAGAAGCCAUUGUUCGAGAAAGACGAAAACCACCUGGUGUUUCAGCUCUCCGCCGCUGCCAUUGCACUUGAACUGAGUUGGUCAUCUAUCCAAAUCCUCAAUAUUUAUAGAAGUGGAUGCAUAUAGUGCAUCCAGAGAAAAAUAGCGAAAAAAUGUGAUGGAUGUGAAGAUAAGAUGUGGGUCUUACACUGAUUACAUUUUUGGUGUAAUACUAUCCCCGAACAUAAGUAACGUGAUAGUUGAGGAUCAGAUUUGGUUAUGUUUCUCUACUGACAGGCUUCUGGUCCUUCAGAUUUGUCGGGAACAUCAUGAGAUACUUGGGAAAAUGGUAUAGCAACAACUUGUUGGCUAAAAUAUGCUAUUGUCUUAAAGAGGCCAUUAUUCGUGAGGAGAGAAUAUUA